AUGGAAGAGGAAAAGGAAAAUGAGGGAAAGGGAGGCUAUCGAUGCUUCAAGGCUGUGUUGUUCCUCACUGGCCUACUGUUUGGCUCUGUGGUCAUCUUCAUGCUGUGCUACAAGGAGAGGGUGAUGGACACUCAGCUGAGCUUAGAGGCGUCAGUGGGCAUCGGCCUGGGCAUCGGGACCCUCUGUGGCCUGGUGACCAUGUUGGUCCGCAGUGUGGGGCUGUUUAUGGUGGGCCUGCUGCUUGGCCUGCUGCUGGGAGUGGCUUCAUUGGUGACUAUGGAGGAGUUCUACCACCCAAAAACAGUGUGGGUUCCUCUGGGCAUCCUCCUGGGUUCUGGGACGCUAUUUGCCGUCCUCACUCUUCAAUGGCAGCGCGUCUUUGUCACCCUCUCCACCGCCACAUUCGGCUCUGCCAUCAUCACUGUCACCGUGGAUUACUUUAUAGAGCUGUUCGCUUUGGUACACUACAUCUACGAGAGACUCAGGGUGGCUCCAAAGAAGCCAUUGUGCUGGUUUACUUGGGUCAUCUUGGGGGUCUGGCCGGUCCUGGCUCUCCUUGGAGUGCUGAUCCAGUGGAAAGUCACUGCAGAGGGAUUUUCUCACACAGAAGUGGUAUUGAGCCGGCAGCAGAGGAGAGUCCAGCUAAUGCGGAUCCGACAGCGGGAAGAGAGGCUGAAAAAGGAGAAGGAGACAAGGAAGAAGAAAAAACGAGACAACCUGAAGCCUAACCACAAGCAGAAAGCCAACACCAAUCACCAUCAUCACCAGCAGUACCAUCACCCAGCAGCCUCCCACCCUCAUCACCAAGCACAGACCUCUCAGCCACCUAAAGUCCCGCCUCCUCAGACUGAGCCCGGCUACCAUCGUAAGUCCAACCCCAAAAGGCGCUUUGAUGGAGAUGUGCUGUCACCGAGCUACAUCCGGAGUUUCAGGGACAGACAAACAGACAGACGAGCGUACUCCCAAAACCGAAUGAUGAGCCGCUCCCGGAUGGCUGAACUCGACUACGACUGCGGCUCUCGAGUGCCCCUUACGGCCCCCAGCGGACCCCCAGUUCGCAUCUGAGACAGUGCACACCAGACCACACCCACAAUCACGCAUAAAUACUUCAAAAAUCUAUGUUAUAGAAAACCUAACUUAUCUAAUUAACUGCCAAUUAACACAUCAGUAACUGAGUUAUCUAAAUAAGGUGUUGUGUCCCACACUGGUUUUCUCUAAAAAGUUGUAUUUAUUUGACCAGUUUGGUCCUGUUUUGUUCUUUAUGAACAUUAAGAUGCAAGGGAAAAGCUUUUUUCGUUCUUAAGAUGCAGGAACAGAUUGCUUCGUGAGUCAUGAGUCAUCCCAAACUAUAUUUGACUUUAAACCUCUCAUGAUACUAUCCCGUUCUGCAGGACACUGGAAAUAAUGGACUUGUCUUCUAAGGAAGUUGAUUGAAAUUUCACCAUUGAACAUUUGAUUUAAAGAAUCUUCUGGUUGCUUCAAAUUACAAGAAGUCAUUUCCAACGGGAUUGUAAUGUGGGAAACAAUCAAAACAUUAAUUUCUUCACAGGAGUGCUGCCUAAUUUUGGAUGAAAUGCAUCAUGUGGCUUGUAUAAAGUCAAGGUAGCACAACCGUCAAUAACCUAUUCUUUUUAUCUUGAGUUCAAGGUUAAUUAAGGAGAAAACUUCUUGCUUCAACUAUUCAGUGCGCACAGAGCAAACUUUCAGAAAAACAUACAAAAACCACAGCAAAAACUGAAACAGAAAGGCAGCUCUUCUUCAUCAUUUUCUGCACGAAAGGUCGCUGUAGGAAGUGAGGAGUACAUCAAGUCAGCCUGUUAUCUCCUCUGACACCUUGUGAAUCCAGACAUGGCAGCCAGCACAAGUCUUCUGCUGCUUCAAAAUGCAGAACUGGGACUGCUUUCAGGUGAGCAUGGAUCAAAGAGUUCACCCCGUAGACAAUUUGUUAUGUUAUCCCAUCCAUGAACACGUGUCCAUCCAUGUAUCACCGCAUACAUUAAUGCCAAUCUCCAAGGGAAAUGUGCUCACGUGUCAUCAGUUCCCUUUGCCCUCGAUCGCCGGCUGUUUUAACCAAGGACCUGAGCAGAAGACACAUCCGUACCCUUCUUCUUCUUUCUUCUUUCCUGGAAUUUAAAGCUUUUUUGUAAGCUACUUUAUGUAAUUAUCUUUGUCGACAUGUUUUUGUAAGUGCUCUCGUGUUGCUUUCACCCUUCUUAAUCCUAAAGACUAUCUACAUGUUGUGAAUUUGUCAACAGUAUGAUGUUAAGGCAGAGAGACAAGAAACUGCUCUCGGACACUGGUCAUCCAGAAAUGUGACAUUUGCUUCAGAGGGGACAAUACGUGGCGGUAAAUAUGGUUAAUAUAGUGUGUUGCUGUGUGAGAGUAUGAGCAGAAGCCCUGUGGCAACUGACGGAUUGCACCACUUAUUGGCAGAGAGGGGGAUGCAUUGAAAUGUAUGUAAAACAUGCUGUAUGGUGUUUCUUCUUUUUGCUAAUAUAUACAGGUUCAGUAAAGAUGUGCAUUUUAUAGAUUGGAUGAAGUGUAAAGUGAUGAAAAGGAGUAGAAGCAACAUAAUCUCCUGUAAAUGUCAAGACAUGGUGAAAAGAUGAAAUCAUUGCAAAUGGCGCCCUCUAAUGUUUACUACUGGACCUUUUUUUUCUUGACUUAUUGUUUAUGUGUUUAUAUUGUGUGUUAUGUUGCGUGUCAGUUGCAUUUGGAUAUUGAUCUGCUCCGAACAUUACAAUUGUGGUACUGAAGGGAAGUUAGAUUUGCACAGGAAUUCUCUCAGUACAAAGGAGAUAUUUUAGUUUAAUUUUAACCUGUUUUGACUUAAAUUACUGUAGUUUCCUAGAAUAAACAAAAAGCACUACUAAUGUUACAAUUCCUACUGAGACUAAAUGGUACUGUAACUAGAUUAUGACCACUUGGAUUGUGUUUUACGUCCUUUUUAUUUCGGAGUUUACCUUUUAUGAGUUUUAGAUAUACAAAAAUAUUCCACGGUAAUGUACUUAAAUUCUUAAUAGUUGAAGGGAUGUGGCUAAGCACUGGAAGGACCAAUCAUUCUCCCCUUAACCCAUAACUGCAUGAGAACCCUUGUGUAACUUUGUCCAAUGUGUCGAUGUUUCAAUGUGUCACUGUCGUCAUGUGAAAACCUCAGAUUUCCAUUUUGAGUUUGUUGGUCCCAAUCCACAUUGACUGAAGGAAUAUUGUGGAAGUACGUCUAAUUAAGUGUCUCAAUAUUCACAGCAUACAGAAAAGGUAACAUCUAUAGUGAAUCUUGAUAGGACCAACUUAUUUUAUCUUUAAACUUGUCCAGGUAAAGGGCUUUGAAAAGGCAUAAUAUGAAUAAUGUCCCUCCUCUCACCAUGCAUUAUGCUAAGCCACCUUCCUUUCUACUGUAUCAAUGUUACGCCUAUAAUGUUUUGCAGUAGUGGCUGUUGAAGCUUUAUUUGGGGCUUUGCUAACAUGUGAGUCCUGUUUGGUUCUUCUUUUGGGGUUUUACUGUAGUGCGCUUGUAACGUCAUCAUCGUUUACUUUUCUUUCUACUAAUACUUUUUGUGAUUGCCCAUAACUGCUGAUGUAGGGAAAACACUUGUAGAUGUAGAUAUUGAACUGUAAAUAAUUUUAUUUUCAUGUUUACAUCAUGGUCACUUAUGUAAUUUAUCCAGCUGAUUGGAUUAGAUCUUUUUUAUAUUGCGUUACUACUGUAUGUCCAAUUAGUUCUACUUGACUGGAUGGUGGGUGCACUUGUAUCAUUCUCAUGCUUCUGUUUCAACGUGUGAUGUUGAAAAUCAGCAAAAACAAACUGAGCCUUGACUCUUUUUAAUCAGUGAUUACUCAUUACUCCAUCUUUUUUAGAAGAUAUUGCAAUUCUUUUUCCUACCACCCCGUUUAAAUGUGUAAAAAACACCUGUAGACAAUGGUUAUUAUAAUUAUCAUUAUUAUUAUUAUGAUUAUUGAUAGCAUGAAUUUAUAUGGACCUAAACUAUGAUAAACAUUGUGAUUCUA